AUGGCGCCCCAGAGCGAAUGUGCCGAUGCGGCAACUCGCUUCCACAAGAUCGCUGGAGAGCACGACGGCGCACCCAUGCCUGCUUGGGCUCAGCAGAUGGUGCAUCAGCAGCAGCAGAGCAUGCAACAGAUAGAUCAGCGUCUAGACCAGAUGGAUCGCCGUAUUCAACAAAUGGAUGAUGGUAUGCAGCAGUUCCAACAGAACAUUACGGAUCAGUUGACACAAUUUCACCAGAAUACCACGGAUCAAUUGGUGCUAAUUCAGCAAGAAAUUGCUAAGUCUCGCAACUCUUCCGUUGUCCGACCAGGAGAUGCAUUGGUGAGUCUCCCUAACCAGAACGGGCAUAAUCCUCCCGCCUUCUUCCCUCGUAACUUGAAGGAAUUGCUUGCGCUUUCGGGGACAAACUGCAACACCUUGCUGGCAUUCUACGAACUACAGGCGCAGGGCGGCGUGGAAAGCCGCCGCCUUGCUCUGGCCAUCUUCUUCGGAGUCCGUCGGCAUAUGUACUGA